AUAAACCUAGAUUCCACAUCCUUCAGAAUGUCCCAUUUUCUUUCUUUGUCCGAUAGCAGCAAAGCCGAUAUCAGAUACUCUUUACCACCAUCAAUUCGGCUUCUAUAUCUCUGGGAUCAUGGUGGUACGAAAGAGGUGUCUUUUGUGGGACUGGACCAAUACGGCCAACCUCCCACAUGCCAUUGAGAAGCUCAACUUCGAUGGACCUUUCUCCUCGGUAUCAAAUUGGAAUGCAUGGAGCCCGCCUGAGCUGAAGAACCGCCUGCCCUUUCGCCCCACGGUGCGUGGGAUAGACCAACUUACAGACUCAAACGAGUGGGGUAUGAUAUCAAACGAUGGUCAUACUAUCAUACAUUAUUUUAACGAGCCAGAGCGAGCUGUAAUUUCCCCCAAGAAAGCUGCUGAGAUGUGGAGAGAAAAAAUGGUUCCAUUGAGAAAGGAAAAGGGGAAGAAGAUUGUCGGGCCUGGUUGUGCUAGCGAUCCGGGGGGAGAGGCGUGGCUUGAUGAGUUCAUGAAAAGGGUUCAGGAGAUGGAAGAACCGCCAGAUUAUUUGGGCUUGCAUUACUAUGGCCCGGAUGGGGCAGCUGCAAUUCAGUACAUUGAAAAAAUGCAUCAGAAAUAUCCAGAAUACCCAGUCGUGGUCUCUGAGAUAGCAUCUAUUUCUCGAGAAAAGAAAGAGGUCUUUGCUUUUACUGCUCAAGUGGCAAAUUGGAUGGAUGAGUGCCCUUAUGUGUUUGAGUAUUCGUUCUUUGGCUGUAUGGCCAAAUGUGCAGAUGAUUUUGUCAGUCCGGAGGCUCAGCUCAUGCAUGCUGAUGGGAAAUUCACACCAUUGAUGCACAAGCUCAUGAAUGAGCAGCCCAUAGUCAAUUUCUGAUUAGUGGAAUACAGGUCUGGCUACCCUUGAGUUGAAUGGAACCUUCAUGGCAGGAAUUGAGGAGGAUCUGGGGUUGCACAACAUGCUACGAAGUACUAAUCAUUCGAGCACUGGUGAGGUGGACGCCAUAGUUCAAUGUUACAUCUAUUUCCAUUUUAAGGUAGAGAAGGAGAAUUCGUUUUGCAGACCCCUGGACCUGGUGGACGGGUCUCGAUAUGAUUACUCAUUGUCACCGACCGCUUGAGCCUCCUCCCAUUCGGACUCGCUUCUGUGUUUGUCAACCUCGUUUGAUUAGUGAG